AUGCCAAAAUCAGGCGCCCAUCAGCCACUGGUCCGGCAUGAUACGGAUGAUGGUGCGGAGACAGGACAAUCGGUCAAAUCGUUGGCCGAUGUGUCAGAAGAAGAGAUCGACAGUAGGAUGAGUAGAAGGUCGUCCGUUAUUGCCGAUCUCCUUUCAUUAUUCCGCCGCUCAUCGAGUGUUCUUGUCCGCCCACAUACACGAUUAGGAAACCCGAAUUAUGACGAUGAUGACGACGAAUUCGACGAAGAAGAUGACAAAGAGGCGUCGAAAGAUAGGAUACUUCAGAAAAUUCAACAAAAGAAAGAGAUAAUACAAAAGUUAAGAGGUCAACCAUGGUAUAUGAGAAGGAAAAGGAGAACAUUGAAAGUAGCACAGAAGCAUCUGCAACAGCAAGAAGCAAAAGUGUCAAAAGCUAGGUUAUACAAAGCGGAAGCGGGAAGAAGGUUGACACAAGCUAGCCGAUGGUUGGACAAUCUGAAAAUUUAUUUAAUUCCCUGGGAGGCUAAGAUUCGAAAAAUAGAAAGUCAUUUCGGAUCUGUGGUUUCUUCAUAUUUCACUUUUCACCGAUGGGUACUUGGAGUCAAUAUUACUAUUACUUUUAUCAUGUGCAUGUUUGUAGUUAUUCCGGAGUGGUUAGCCGACUCCCGGACUACAUUCGGAGAUGACAGAUACAACAAAACGAAAGCAAUCAAAGUAAUGCCGCCAGCUGUUCGUGCUCGUGCUGAUGAGCUUUCAACAGUCUGGGAUUUUGGGGGUUACUUCCAGUAUUCCUUGUUGUUCUACGGUUACUAUUCAAAGGAAACAUUUUUCGGAGAAACAAUCAAAUAUCGUGUUCCUGUUGCAUAUUUUUUCUGCAAUAUUUUCAUUCUAGGAUUUUCACUUUUCAUUAUUCUGAGAAAAAUGGCGGCUAACAACCGUCGAGGAACAUUAUCUUCGGGAAAAACUCAACAGUAUCUGUUCAACUGGAAAGCUUUCACUGGAUGGGAUUAUACGAUUGGUAACCCAGAAACAGCUGGAAAUGUGUACAUGGCCAAUGUGAUAAAGUUCCGUGAAGCUAUCAACGAUGAUAAACAGAAACCAAGUGAUAAACAUCCUUGGAUCAGAUUUAUUGCUCGAGUGCUCACGAAUUUAUUCAUUUGCUCAAUGUACGUCUUCUCGAUAUGGGCUAUUAUGCAAUGUGGUACCUUGAAAGGAGAACAUUUCUUUGCUCAGAAUGCCACAGCUAUCACAAUCUCAUUGAUUACUCUUGUUUUUCCAAAUAUUUUUGAUCUGCUGGGCAAAAUUGAAAAGUUACAUCCAAGAAAUGCGCUGAGGUUCCAGUUGGGAAGGGUUCUGGUCCUGUAUAUUCUCAAUUACUACACUUUGAUCUAUUCUCUGAUGCUGCAACUGGAAAACUUGCAAAGAGAGAAAAAUGAGAGCGACAGACCGAGUACUACAACAAUUGCCCCAAAUCCAAACGUGGAGACUAUUGCAAGAACAAUUCGUGACACUUUAUUUCCACGAUACCCAGUUAAUAACACACCACACACUUAUUACUCGUAUACUCCGGUGACCACCACUCCUAUCCCGUCUACCAGUUCUUGGACUACUGUACUACCAGAUUUCGGACCAUUCGGAGUGUACAACCCGAAAGCGUCCGUCACAAAAGAUGAUACAGUUUUUUCAUCGCCGGUAGUGGAGACUCAUCAAUUUGGACCAAACUCUGACUGGAAUGAGACUACUGUAAAUGCAGUCAGUCCGACUGGAGCAUCUACUCGCGCAUCGCUUCGAAUGUCUCAAGGAGGUCUGUGUUGGGAGACAAUCAUUGGACAAGAGAUUACCAAACUGGUGACCAUGGACUUGUACAUGACAGUCGCCUCUAUUUUCCUGAUAGACUUUCUUCGUGGUUUGGCAUGCCGGUAUUUGAAUCUUUUUUGGCCAUGGGAUUUGGAGAGAACUUUCCCAGAGUAUGGAGAGUUCAAAGUUGCAGAGAACGUAUUACAUCUUGUGAACAACCAAGGAAUGAUCUGGCUCGGGCUAUUUUUCGUACCAUUACUACCUAUGCUCAACAAUAUCAAACUAAUCAUCUUGAUGUAUAUCCGUGGCUGGGCUGCAAUGACAUGCAAUGUACCAGCUAGUCAGAUCUUCCGUGCCAGUCGAUCGUCCAACUUUUUCUUUGCGCUCCUAAUACUAUUCCUGUUUCUGUGUACACUUCCAGUCGGUUUUGUGAUUGCAUCAAAAACUCCGAGUAAGAGUUGUGGACCUUUUGGGAAUCAAUCAUUUUUCUACAGUGUCAUCACUGAUGUUCUCCAUGAAAACUUGGAUAAAACACUUGUAAAUGGCAUCAAAUAUAGCUUAUCCCCUGGAAUUAUUAUCCCGGUUCUUGUUUUGCUAUCACUAGUAAUCUACUUCCUCAUUGCGAUGGUAACUGGUUUGUCCCAAGCAAAUCAAGAUUUGUCAUUCCAACUUAUGGUGGAAAGGACAGAAGAAAAGAAGAAGAUUUUUGAGUUGGCUGGCGGAAAGAAGAAGAAAAGCAAAGACAAUACGUUUGGAAAACAGAAAACAAAACCACUUCUAUCUCCACCAAACAAAGGAGUUUCUUCUGAUGAGGAUUCCCAACAUAAUAAUAGAUCAACGGCUAAAAGCGUCUCCGGGCGUCAAUUUGUUCCUUCAUUGGGAUCGGUAUCGGAAGUUGAUCACAGUACUGGAGAAGAGCAGUCAUCUGACACUGAAUCCACGACAUCUUCACUUCCACCCAAGUUAUCUCUCCGACAGAGAUUUUUGGUGUGCAUAGGUUGGGCAGACCCCGGCAAAUAUAAUAGAAAACAUGACGAUAUUGAAAUGGAAGAAGGUGCUGGCGGUGGAAGAAUCCGUGAUCUCUCAACAGCUUCCGAUAGUGAUUCAGACGAUGAAGAUAGUGAGAAAAAGAAUUCUGAGAGUCGCUAUUUGCUACCUCCAGACGGUUCCCGUCCAGCAUCCAGAGAGCGAUCUGAAAACGCCAGCAAAAGAAGUUCGGCUAGUAGAAGAACCAGUAAUCGGGACAUGUCGUACCGUACAGCCAUUCAAUCGUUCGACCAAAACUCCCAAUCAGCAUCGGGUUCUUCCUCAAAGUCAACGACAACUGCGCCAUCCAAUUCUGAAAUGAGAAUCGAAAUAAUUGAAAACCCACUGCGCACUUAUGUCACACCAUUGAGGAUAGAGAAAAAAAGCUCUGCUAGUUCAUCUAGUAGCUCUCAUCAACCGUCAUCGUCAAUUGAGAAGCAAGCCGCCAGACGGCUAUUACAACCUAUCAGUACCACGCAUAACAUCCGCUAUGGUGUGGCUACUGUAGAGAAUUCAUCUCAAGACCCCACUCGUCCUCCAUCAACCGACGACUCUCUUGGUGAUCCAGCACUGCAUGAUCCCUUAUGGGCUAAUCUCAAUCCGCAUAGCAGUUAUACUUCCGCCAUGAUGUCUCCGAUCAUGAAUGAGUUCAUGUCAAAUGAUGAGACGACAGACGACGAGAAAGGACGUUUGAUCCCGGAUAGACCACCGAUUCCUCAUUCACCAAGAGAGCUGAAAAGAUUGCGACGUGAGAAAGAACAAUCUGAGAGUGGAAGUAAACCAAGCACACCACGACCGCCACGAUUCAGGAUAUCAAUGUCACCACCUAGAAAGCCGCCAUCCGAAAAAAAUGACUCCGACAGUUCCAAUCGUAAAUACGAGAUGAGAGUCGAAAAAUCUCCAAAGAAACCGAAAAAAUCUGAAGAAUAA